UUUUGUGUAGAAAGUCGAGGAAUCUCCACUGUUUCAAAACUCCCGCUAAACAAUACGCCCAAGGUCAGAUGCAGCGCAUGACUUGGCAGCAAUACUCCGUAAUUCAUAUUACGUCCGUAUACAGACUAUAUAAACUUAGUGGAUUCAAGCUUAAGUACAUUUCGAUUUCGAAACGAGCUUCCGAAUACAACAAUAAUAAACAUGUCUGGACGUGGUAAAGGAGGAAAAGGACUUGGAAAAGGAGGCGCUAAGCGUCAUCGUAAGGUGUUGCGUGAUAACAUCCAGGGCAUCACCAAACCAGCUAUCCGUCGUCUUGCUCGUCGUGGUGGUGUCAAGCGUAUAUCUGGUCUUAUCUACGAAGAGACCCGUGGUGUAUUGAAAGUAUUCCUUGAGAAUGUCAUCCGUGAUGCUGUCACAUACACCGAGCAUGCCAAAAGAAAGACCGUCACCGCCAUGGAUGUCGUCUACGCCUUGAAGAGACAAGGCCGAACCCUGUACGGAUUCGGUGGAUAAGCUACUCACUAUCAUUCAAACCAAACGGCUCUUUUCAGAGCCACCAUUUGAACAAAAGAGAUUGAUUUCUUCCUUGCCUUGUAUACACGUCAUAUUACAGGUCCAGAUUAUCGGUGGCCUAAACUAU